CUAAACCUCAAUUCCUCCGCCGCUUCAUCAUCUCUGCAACUUCUCUAUAAGAUCUCAAUCGAAAUUCCUCUCGCCGUAAAAACCCUUUAACCAGUUCUUCACAAGAACACCAUCAACCCCAAAAAUGUCUGAACUUGUCAUCUCCCGUUCAGAGAAAUCAAAGAAAAACAAACCCCAAAAAGAAGAUGAUGAAGAAAUUGAAGAAAUCAAGACCCAGAAAGGAGAAGAAGGAGAUUAUCUAAUCAAACCCCAGAGUUUUACCCCAACUCUGGACACAUCCCAAUGGCCGAUUCUUCUCAAGAACUAUGAUAAGCUCAAUGUCCGUACGGGUCACUAUACACCACUCCCAUCAGGUUAUUCACCACUGAAACGACCAUUAGCUGAAUACAUAAGGUACGGUAUUAUUAAUCUUGAUAAGCCUGCUAAUCCGUCAUCGCAUGAAGUUGUUGCUUGGAUUAAACGUAUUUUGCGUGUCGAAAAAACAGGGCAUAGUGGUACUUUAGAUCCUAAAGUAACUGGGAAUUUGAUUGUUUGUAUUGAUCGUGCUACUCGUUUAGUUAAGUCCCAGCAAGGUGCAGGGAAAGAGUAUGUUUGUAUUGCUAGAUUGCAUUCAGCUGUGCCAGAAAUGACGAAAGUUGCUAGGGCACUUGAGACUUUGACAGGGGCCGUUUUUCAAAGGCCGCCGCUGAUAUCUGCUGUUAAGAGACAAUUGCGUAUUAGGACUAUCUAUGAGAGUAAAUUGCUUGAAUAUGAUGCUGAGAAACAUUUGGUUGUGUUUUGGAUUUCUUGUGAAGCGGGGACUUAUGUCAGGACAUUGUGUGUUCAUUUGGGUUUGAUGUUGGGUGUGGGUUCACAUAUGCAAGAGCUUCGUAGAGUUCGGUCAGGGAUUUUGGGUGAGAAAGAGAACAUGGUUAGUAUGCAUGAUGUGAUGGAUGGGCAAUGGGUUUAUGAUAAUUACAGAAGUGAGGAUUAUCUGAGGCGUAUUAUUAUGCCGUUGGAAGUUCUGUUGACUAGUUAUAAGAGAUUGGUUGUCAAGGAUUCCGCUGUUAAUGCUAUUUGUUAUGGUGCUAAAUUGAUGAUUCCUGGUUUAUUGAGGUUUGAGAAUGAUAUUGUUAAUGGCGAAGAAGUUGUUUUGAUGACAACUAAAGGAGAAGCAAUUGCUCUGGGUAUUGCUGAAAUGACAACUGCUGUUAUGGCAACUUGUGAUCACGGUGUGGUUGCGAAAAUCAAGAGGGUUGUGAUGGAUAGAGAUACUUACCCAAGGAAAUGGGGAUUGGGUCCUAAAGCUUCAAUGAAGAAGAAGUUGAUUGCUGAGGGUAAGUUGGAUAAGCAUGGGAAGCCAAAUGAGAAGACCCCUGCUGAGUGGAAUAGGAAUAUUGUUCUUCCAACUGGAGGCGAUGCUAUGGUUGCAGGACAGGCUGCUUUGAAUGAUCCGGUCAAGGAAGAUGUUGCUGUGGUAGAGGAAAAGAAGGAGGAGAGGGAUGGAGAUGAUGGGGAGGACCGUAAGCGUAAGCUAGAUGAAACCACUGACAGCCUUGCUCCAGUUACUGCUAAGAAGGCAAAGGUUGAGGAAGUGGUUGAAGGGGAGAAGAAAGAAAAGAAGAAAAAGAAAAAGAAGGAUAAGGAGGAGAAUGGUGAUGCCGGUCUUGCUUCUGAUCAGGAGAAAUCUGAGAAGAAGAAAAAGAAGAAGAAAGACAAGGAGGAGAAUGAUGCUGCUGCCGUUGCUUCUGAUGAGGAGAAGUCUGAGAAGAAGAAAAAGAAGAAGAAAGACAAAGAGAUUGAGAAGAGUGAACACGUGACAUCUGAUGAGGAGAAGUCUGAGAAGAAGAAGAAGAAAAAGAAGAGUAAGGGUGUCGAGGACGAUAAUCAAGAAGAUGGAGAAAGAAGCAAAAAGAAAAAGAAAGACAAGAAAAAGAAGAAUAAGGAAGCAGAGGAUUAAAGGUAACUUGCACAAACCACUGAUUGCAUUGGAUAUAAGCGCCUCUAUACUCAUAUUUACUUAAGUUUGCCUCUGACUGAGCAUCCAAAGCUUAUUUAUAGCUUUGAGCAUGUUUGCUUCGGACGUAAUUUUUCACUAAUAAGUUUUAAUUAUUGUUAUUUGAUAAACUUGUUUUUAAGUAGGCUAGAAAAUAUUUUCAGACAUGGUUUCGUUGUCUUAUAUUCGUAUGUAACACAAUUCACUCCCAUAUUGUGUUUACUUGAUCUUGUAAGAUCAACACGAAUUCUUAGUUCAAUUUCUUUUACAUGCA